AUGUCUCGCACACAAACUAUUUCCGCCCACACCGUCGAGGUCUCGGUGCAUGCAAGGAACAAGAAGAACUCGAUGACGGGCGGAGGCCGCGCUUGGAGAGAGGACGAGGAAGCCUACCUUUUGCGGACCCGUCUCCAGAAAAUGCCGUACAAGCACAUCGCAGCGCACCUCAACAAGACGGAGCUCGCGUGCCGGCUGCACUACCACCAGCUCUCGCACGGCAGCAGUCGGCGCAAGCGCACGGCGUCGCACUCGUCGGGCUCGGACCAGCAGUCGCCCGUGAUGCCGAGCCUGACGCCGAGCCCCAACUACCACGAACGCAUCUCGCGCUCCAUCUCGCCCCCACGGCGGCUGGACGGCGGCGCGCGCUUCGUCAUGACGCCGCCGCCGCAGCUGCACGACGCGGUGCAGCUCCCGAGCAUCCUCGCCGGGGGCUGCUCGCCGCGCGUGCCGACGAUCCUGCCCAAGCCGGCGUCCAUGGGCCUGCACUCGCGCGCCAGCUCGCCGCUCGGGUACCCGCCGGGCAUGGCGCAGCAGCAGCCGCUGCCGCCCGUGUCGUUCCGCCGCGAGUCCUCGCUGCCCGCGCCGCCGCCGUCGUUCCACAGCCUACCGCUGCCGUCGGCGUCGACGCACUCGCCGGCGCACGUCGACCUCAGCCGGCUGCACGCCGUGUACGCGGCGCACCGCGACAAGUUCUGGGAUCUCGUGGCGGCCGAGUACGGCUGCUCGCAGGCCCCGUCGACGCUGGAAAAGGCGUGGAAGAGCGGGCGCUGCUGCAGCCCGGCGUACGGUCCGCUGGCGAGCCCCAAGGAGGAGUACAAGAUGGGCGGGAGCCACCUCUCGGCGUCGCGCGACAAGACUAGAAUAUCGUCUCUCAUCUCUGCCGACUAG